AUGAAGAAACGGGCUGACGUGGAAAGUCCAAAAUGUGGGAUGACGUGGCCCGUAUUUGAACCGCAGGCUAGCAGGCCCCUGCGCAGAAGAUCCGGCAAGAUUAAGCAGCCCGAUUGCGCGGAUCUUGUCAAGCUCUCAACGGCGAAUGAAUUGGCUCCCUACGAUCCGGAUUGGUUUUACAUUAGGUGUGCUGCUAUCCUACGCCACCUGUACCUCCGGCCGACUGGUAUGUUGGGAUUGAGACGGAUUUUCUCGCGGAAACAAAGGAAUGGCGUGAGACCAUCCCACCGCGCGCUCGCACACAGCUCAGUAAUUCGUAAAGCCUUACAGCAGUUGGAGUCCAUGGGGAUGUGUGUUAAGGUUGAGACCGGGCUUGGGCAACCUGGCAGUAUCUCAGCUCUCGUUCAACCUUCGGGUGGCACGGGUGUUGAACACCGGAAGGGUGCUACAGCUGCCCUAGAUAGGGGCGAUCGACAAUUCGGACCACGGACCCCCUGGUCGCCCAAUUUGGCGUUGAGCUUUUCGGCUGCUUGUUCGGCCAGAGUCCGGCUACUGGUGAUUCCUGUUGUGACGGCCGCGGCAGCAGCUGCUGCGGCCGCCACACUGGCACUGGCCGGGCCCACAGUAGGUGGCGGCGUCGUACCCGACAGGACUGCAAUGGCUGUGGCCUGUGUGGCGUCCGCACGCGUGACCGGAGCGGUUGUGCCCAGUAGCACACAAUUCACUACACAAAAUUACACAAGUGAAUGUGGUCAGACGGUCACUGUGCAAACAAUUCAAACCACUAUUCGGUUUGUGGAACUGACAAGGAUGAGAGCAAAAUGGAUUCAACCUGAAGUUGUUGUUAUCAAUUUUGGUACUCCGGAAGGGCUCAGUGGUUGGAGCGCGAAGGUUCGUGGUUCGAACCCGACCUCUGGCUCUCGACUUCUUCUGUCCAGACUUGAGCAACCUGGUAGUAUCCUAACCCUCGUGCUUCCUUCGGGUGGCAUGGCAGCCAUGUACCGAAAGGGUGUUACAAGCUAG